AUGAACGGUGCCACUGAGUCGUUGCCAAUGUGUGGUUAGUGGUUUUCGCGUCAGCGCUUUAGAAAAUAAUAACACGUUUCCUGAAUAUAAAACAAGUGGUUCAUCGCAUAUAAAUUCGUCAUGUCUCCCGAUGCAUUUCAGAAAAAUGUAGCGCAGUAUGGAGAUUGUGUUAUAAUCGAUUUGGGGAGUUUCAAGAAUUUAACUACAGUACUUAAGAAGGGUGGUGUGUUGCAAACACGUUUUGGAGCAAUGAGACAUGAUGAUUGUGUUGGAAAAAAGUAUGGAUCAAAGAUCCAAACAUCUCAUGGAUAUGUGUAUAUAUUAGCGUUAAGUCCAGCCCUAUGGUCAGAAACACUUCCCCACCGGACUCAAAUAAUUUAUCCAUGUGACGCAAGUUUAAUUGUCGGGGGAUUAGAUUUGGUUCCUGGGAAAUGGGUGUUCGAAGCUGGGACAGGCAGCGGAUCAUUGACUCAUUUCUUAGCUCAAUCUGUAUUACCCCAUGGUCACGUUUAUACGUUCGAUUUUCAUAGUGAACGUGUUAAGUUGGCGUCUGAGGAGUUCGAUUCACAUUCACUUGGGGAUGUUGUGAAGGUUAAUAUGCGUGAUGUUUGUAGUGAUUAUUUUCCACCAAUCGGGAGUGAACUAAAUCCAAAUGGUGUAGAUGCUGUUGUCCUGGAUCUGCCUAGGCCAUGGGUAGUUAUUCCGCAUCUUGGAUCUAUCCUUCGUCCUGAUUCAAUUGGUCGUGUGUGUUUAUUCUCACCUUGCAUUGAACAAGUUCAGAGAUCCUGUGCAGCCUUACUAGAAUCAGGUUUUAGACAUAUAAGCACAGUCGAAUGUCUGGAAAGGGAAUAUGAUGUGUCACGAACAACGUUGAAUGUUCCAAACAUGGGGCAACUAAGUGCUUCCAUUUGGCUUCAGAGUGGUUUCAAUGAAUAUGUGAAUUCUGUUUCGAAAUUCAAUAAACAUCUGCUUCCUCCUCCUAAAACAUCCGAAAUAGAGAAUCUUCAUUAUAAACGCACUCAUCCAAAUUCAGAGCUAAGUAGAUCGAUCAAUGUUAAACAACUUAAAGGUGUGGAGGGUUCUACAAAAGUUGAAAAUGACUUUACUUGGGAACCAAUUCUACAAGUAAGUUGAGGUGUUUUACGUUUUAUUAAGUUGUAUUUCAUUACUAGAGUGUCUGUUUACCACUGGAAUGUCUUUAAAUAAAAAGCAUGACUUAGUACUUUGAGACCAAAUUUUUUCAAGGUGAAUUUAUAAAAUUUCAGUAUAAUUUUAUUUCAGUCUUGCUGUUGCUGUGAAACAAAUCAGUUUGAGAUUAGGAAAUGUAACACUCCGUUGAAUCAAAACACUUUUCACCAUCUUGUACAUAGGUCACUGGGUAAUGCCACCAGUCGUCGAACGAGUGUCAGUUGAAGCCAACUGCAGGUAUCUGUACUUUGUAAAUGAGUUACAACCUGAACACGGUUAGGUUCCUCAUAAGCCAAUGUAGUUGGCUCAAUAACCUGGUCAAACUUCGUACAAACCCUCAUGGAAAGUAGGCAUUCAAGUUCAUUGACAUGAUAAUAUUAACAAUGUAGCUUGACGUGAUACAGUGAAUUUCUCCCCUGAUUCGAGCCCCAGCCCAUUUACUUUUUGGGGGAUCAAACAAUAUCUGUAGUCUUGACAAGUCUCUGCGUAAUUACUGAGCUACAGUAUCUCAUUAAUUUAGUGUACUUAUAUACAAACUGCUUGUAACCCCUCCGGGAGCUACUGCCGGUCCCAAGCCCUGAUAAAGGAGGAGGGUUGGGAAUGGGGUUAGUGACCUCAUCCCGUAGAAAACUAACUCGCUAAGAAAACAUUAACCAGAAAAAAUUAUUCAAAACAUUUAAACUCUGCCCUAGGAGUUGAAUGAAUAAUUAUGAUACCUGAUGAUGAAAGCCGAGAUUCUUCGGAAGUCAUGAGGCCGAUGCUCCUAACAACGAAAGCAACAAUUUUUCAUCGAACUUCCGGACAAUGUGGGAAACCAGGAGAGUCUUUCAAAUUGCUGCAGAAAUGAGGAAAUACAACCUAGAGGUGCUUGGGAUCAGUGAAACACAUUGGACGCAGGUUGGAAAACAACAACUAGCUUCAAGAGAGCUGUUAUACUCUGGUCAUGAAGAAGAUAAUGCCCCACAUACACUAGGAGUUGCAUUGAUGAUGUCCAAACAAGCACAAAAUGCACUUAUAGGAUGGGAAUCUCAUGGACCAAGGAUCAUCAAAGCCUUCGUCAAAACAAAGAGAAAGAGCAUUACAAUGAACGUCAUCCAAU